UGAACAGACAAGGCUUAUUAAACAUCUCUCUGAAGAACUGGAUCUGAACUAUUUGUGUGAAAUGUCUAAAGCUCUUCCUCUUGUUGAAAGUGGUCUUCAGACUUUAGAACAGUCCUACGAAUCAGUCAGAAAAUUUCAGAGGUUGACAAUCGUGCUGUCAUUGAUUCUGAUAGUUAUGUGCUGUAUCGCCAUCUCCUAUGGGGCUUUGCUGACCAAUAACAUAGAACAGAGCAAGCCACUUGUCUGUAUUGAGUGUGCGAAGUUGCGCAUGUUUCACAGAGGUAACGCACUGAUAGAAUCGUUGACUCUACAACAUGGAGAGAACGGUGUGGAGCAGUGCUGUGCUCAUGAUUAUAUCCAACUCUCAAAAUUCAUUGAAAUGAACAUACAAAGCCGUUCCGAGGUUUCAGAUGUCCAUGAUGAACGUCCAUUGUCCGAGUUUUUCUUCAGUCCAGCAACAGCUCACAGACGUGUCUACCCACCUGCACCUAACUCAGAGCCAACAACUGGGAACGUGAAGGCGACCCUGUUGCUCCUCCAUCAGAACUCUACACCAGACCCGCUGGUAGAACAUUCCAGAGGAGUCGAGGUCUUGUCUGACGGCAUGAAGAUUCUACACACUGGACUCUACUACAUCUACAGCAGUCUGUACUUCCAACCUCAAAGCAAGCUCACGUGUAAAGAGUUCAAGGACAAGACAUGGGGCCAUUUUGUAGAAAAAUUCAAGUACAACAACCCUGCCAAAAGUGGAUGUUUGUUGAAGACAAGUCACACUUGUUGUGAUGAUUGUAGAGGGGACAGAGAGACCAGCUUUACUAGUGGUUUGUUUAACCUAGAAGCAGGCGAGAUAAUCCGCGUCGUUGUCACGGGUUACGGUUUGGUAAACUUUAAUCCGCAGUCGAGUUUCGUUGGGGUGAUGAUGUUAGGAAGCAUGACAUCACAGGGUGGUUCUAGAAUUCGCGAGAAAAAUUGAGUUUAACGUUACUAUACUUAUACGCGAUCGAACAUUCAGGGCUGCGGAUUCAAUCCUUGUGGCUCCUGGGAUACUGGUUGCUCUGUUACUGAACGGCUCUCCGACAUUUAAAUCAUG